CCCGGGGAGCGCGGGCUGCGGGGCACCGGGCUCGGCGCACGCGAGGGGAGGCGACGCUCAGCGGAACCGGGCCCGUGGGCGGCAGGGCGCCCGGAGCCGGCGUUCGGGCUUAGGCAGGCGGCGCGGGGGACGGGAAGGCGCGGCCCCGAGGUCAGCCGACCCCUGGGACGGCUGCUCCCGGGAGCGGAGCCGGCCGGCCGGUGGGCGAGGGGGCGGGUUUGUGAGGACGCGGAGGGGAGAGGAGAAGGAGCAGGGACCGGAGGGGCGGCCCCCCGCGUGUCCCUCGGCGGAACCGUGGACCGGCCUAGCGGGUCUCCGGGCCCCGCGGCCUCCGCUGCGGCCUGACCGGCCCUCGCCCCCGCCCAGGGCCAGGCGCGACCGCGGCCUCGGACGGCAGCAUGUGCGGCCGCACGUCCUGCCACCUCCCCAGGGAUGUCCUCACCAGAGCCUGCGCCUACCGCGACCCGCAGGGACAGCUGCGGCUUCCGCGGUGGAGGGACCCCGACCAGUACCGCCCGUCCUACAACCAGAGCCCGCAGGCCCGCGGCCCGGUGCUGCUCUCUCGGCUGCACGUGGACAAGGAUGCAGACCCAUCAGAGCGGGUCAUUGCCCCCAUGCGGUGGGGCCUGGUCCCAUCAUGGUUCAGGGAAAGUGAUCCUUCCAAGCUGCAGUUCAACACUUCCAACUGUCGCAGCGAUACCAUAAUGGAGAAACGGUCGUUCAAGUCGGCCAGCAGUGGUGCUGCUGACAGCCCCAAGCACUGGGAGAAGGUUUGGGACAGCUGGAGGCUGCUGACAAUGGCGGGGAUCUUUGACUGCUGGGAGCCCCCAGAGGGAGGGGACCUCCUGUAUUCCUACACCAUCAUCACUGUGGACUCCUGCAAAGCCUUGCGUGACAUCCACCACAGGAUGCCUGCCAUACUAGAUGGAGAGGAGGCAGUCUCCAAAUGGCUUGACUUCGGCCAGGUCUCAACCCAGGAAGCUCUGAAGUUAAUACACCCCACAGAGAACAUCACUUUCCAUCCAGUGUCUAUAAUCGUGAACAACUCUCGAAACAACACUCCUGAGUGUCUGGCUCCUGCUGACUUGGUAGUUAAAAAGGAGCCCAAAGCAAGUGGCAGCAGGCAGUGGCUGGCCACAAAGUCACCCAGAAAGGAAGUCCCCAAAACACCACAGAAGGAGGAGUUGGAUGUACCCCAGUGGUCCAGCCAGUUCCUGCAGAAGAGCACAUUUUCCACCAAGAGAGGCAGCGCAGGACUUCUGGAGCGAUGGCUGAAACAGGAUAAGGAGGAGCCCGAGGCCAAGCGGCCUCACAAUCAGUAACAGGACUUCAGAGACCCACUGUGGUCUGCACUCAGUACUGCUGCUCAUAACAGGCUCUUGUGUUGCAGUUGAGUAUACCUGCUUGGGGAAAAAGUGACAUAGUGUUAACUGACACUUAAAGAGAUUAUGAGGCAAGUGGCUCUCAGUAGGGCAGCCAGGGAGUUGAGCCAGCUGUCUUUACCUGUGGUCUCCUAGGGGCCCUGUGCCUAGUGCCCUUUCCUCCAAGCCUUACCUGGCUUUGGUCAGACCCAGCCUGCUGUUCUAGCAGAUUGUUUUCUUCUCAACUU